GUAAUCAUGUCUGGUCGUGGAAAGGGAGGUAAAGGCCUGGGCAAAGGUGGCGCCAAGCGCCACCGCAAGGUCCUGCGCGACAACAUCCAGGGCAUCACCAAGCCCGCCAUCCGCCGCCUGGCCCGGCGCGGGGGAGUCAAGCGCAUCUCCGGCCUCAUCUACGAGGAGACCCGCGGGGUGCUGAAGGUGUUCCUGGAGAACGUGAUCCGCGACGCGGUCACCUACACGGAGCACGCCAAGCGCAAGACCGUCACCGCCAUGGACGUGGUCUACGCGCUCAAGCGCCAGGGCCGCACCCUCUACGGCUUCGGAGGUUAAGCUGUUGUUUCACUUCCUCCUCUGUCGCAAAAGGCCCUUUUCAGGGCCACCCACAAA